CGGUAAAGUGUCCUAAUGGCCAGAAGUCCGAUUCUGUUCCUGCUCCUGUUGUUCAUUGGCAUGGUAUUGGCCCUAUCGAGGGAGAUCGUCCUUGAUGAUGAGGGCCCCAAUGUCAAACUUAAUAAACUGCAAGAUAUUGAAAGUGAAGAAAAUGAUCAAGAAAGUCCGCCGUGCUAUAUUGAAUAUCAGGUUGUGAAGCGACUUAAGGGAUCCUGCAUCAAAAUUCACGACCGAAUGCGAGCUUGCGUCGCCGAAAAUUACUUGGAAGUUUCCCAUCCUCAAUGCAUUUACAAAUAAUGCUAAUCAGACGUAAAUAGGACAUUCGAAAUUGGCAUCGAACAUGCAUAUACGUACAAAUUCAACACAUGGGCACAAAUUAUGUUUCAUUUUGUAAUAUUUUUAAGUUUCAAUAAAACUAUGCUUGCACACAA